AUGGCGCUCUCAUUCUGGUUUGCCUCCCAACAGGCCAAGCGCACCAAGAAGGUCGGGAUCGUGGGUAAAUAUGGGACCCGUUACGGUGCAUCCCUUAGGAAAAUGGUGAAGAAGAUUGAAAUCAGCCAGCAUGCCAAGUAUACCUGCUCCUUCUGUGGCAAGACCAAAAUGAAGAGGAAGGCUGUGGGUAUCUGGCAUUGUGGAUCCUGCAUGAAGACAGUUGCUGGUGGUGCCUGGACUUACAAUACCACCUCUGCAGUGACAGUCAAAUCUGCCAUCAGAAGACUGAAGGAACUGAAAGACCAGUAGAAGCUACUUCCUGUUCUCCUUGUGAAACAUCCUUUUUUCUGCACUGUCAAGAUCUGUCCUUUUAUUAAUAAAAGGGUGAUGAUGGA